AAACCUGCACCGAGUCCCGAUGGUGUGAGCGCGGGAGUGGGGGAAGCCCAGCAAAUUCAGUGGCAAUCUGGGGUACAAUCCAUUUGCUCUUUCCCCCUCCCUCGACCCCCAUUCAUCUCCGUCCUCCUCGCCCUCCUCCCUCUUCGCCAAAUCUCCCUUCCCUCCCCAAACUCCACCGCACGGAGCUGAAGAUCAAGGCUGGUGGAUUUAUCAACAUUUUACCUCCACCCCCACCCCCUUUUCCAGAUGCACCUCCCCGCUCUCCCUGACAGCUGCAAAAGGGAGCACAGGUUUUGUAGCGAGCGAGGCAACUUGGACUGACAUGCAAAGGCGAACCCCCCCGUACCCGCACACACCGUCGGUGAAUCACCGGGAGAUGCGAUGAGCUCCCUUUAGGAACCGGAAGGAUUUGUGUUGGGGAGGCAGUGAAGCCCCCCCUCCCCAUCCCCCAGCUCGACCCUCCAAAAAAAAGUCAGGAAAGCCGCCAGAAAGGGUUCUUGGCCUUUUUGGAUCUACACAGUGGAAGUUGCAUCUUGUGUAUGGCGUGGUUAAGCUUGCAGCCUGUCACCUCGGCCUUCCUCCAUUUUGGGCUGGUUACUUUUGUGCUGUUUUUGCAUGGUUUGCAGGUGGAUGCUGGCCUGACGGGAGACUCAACCAGUACAGUACAAAACAGCUCGUGUUCAGGAUCUUUUGACUGCAAGGAGGGUGUUAUCCUGCCAAUAUGGUACCCAGAAAACCCAUCCCUUGGGGACAAAAUUGCCCGUGUUAUCGUAUACUUUGUAGCACUGAUCUACAUGUUCCUUGGAGUCUCCAUCAUUGCAGAUCGUUUCAUGGCAUCUAUAGAGGUCAUUACAUCACAGGAGAAAGAAAUAACAAUUAAGAAACCCAAUGGAGAGACCACAACGACAACCAUUCGGAUUUGGAAUGAAACUGUUUCCAACUUGACCCUCAUGGCUCUGGGUUCCUCUGCUCCUGAGAUCCUCUUGUCUCUGAUAGAAGUGUGUGGGCAUGGAUUCAUAGCUGGAGACCUGGGGCCAUCUACAAUUGUUGGCAGCGCUGCUUUCAAUAUGUUUAUCAUCAUUGCCAUCUGUGUCUAUGUGAUCCCUGAUGGGGAAACCAGGAAGAUAAAACACCUGAGGGUUUUCUUUGUCACAGCUGCAUGGAGCAUCUUUGCUUACAUCUGGUUGUACAUGAUCCUUGCUGUCUUCUCUCCAGGUGUGGUUCAGGUUUGGGAAGGCCUGCUCACACUGUUCUUCUUUCCACUUUGUGUCGUUCUGGCUUGGAUAGCAGAUAGACGUCUGCUUUUCUAUAAGUAUAUGCACAAAAAGUACCGUACUGAUAAGCACAGGGGCAUUAUCAUAGAAUCAGAAGGUGAUCACCCUAAGGGAAUUGAGAUGGAUGGCAAGAUGAUGAACUCUCACUUUCUAGAUGGGAACUUAGUGACUGUGGAGGGGAAGGAGGUAGAUGAAUCUCGCAAAGAGAUGAUCCGAAUCCUAAAGGACCUGAAGCAAAAGCACCCAGAAAAGGACUUGGACCAGCUGGUGGAGAUGGCCAACUACUAUGCCUUGUCUCACCAGCAGAAGAGCAGAGCCUUUUAUCGAAUUCAAGCAACCAGAAUGAUGACAGGAGCUGGCAAUAUUCUGAAAAAGCACGCAGCUGAGCAAGCCAAGAGAACCACUAGCUUGCAUGAAGUACGGCCAGAAGAACCUGAGGAAUUCAUCUCCAAAAUUUAUUUUGAUCCAUGUUCCUACCAGUGUCUCGAGAACUGUGGUGCUGUUCUCCUGACAGUGGUGCGGAAAGGAGGGGACAUGUCCAAGACCAUCUAUGUGGACUAUAAAACAGAGGAUGGCUCUGCCAAUGCUGGUGCUGACUAUGAGUUCACAGAGGGGACUGUCGUCUUGAAAUCUGGGGAGACCCAGAAGGAGUUCUCGGUGGGAAUUAUUGAUGAUGACAUAUUUGAGGAAGAUGAGCAUUUCUUUGUGCGGCUCAGUAAUCUCCGUGUGGUGGAGAGUGAGGAGCCUCCAGAGCUCAAUAACUCCCCUUACCCAAAGGCCAUGUUGGCUUCUCCUUGUGUGGCCACAGUGACUAUCCUGGACGAUGACCACGCUGGCAUCUUCACAUUUGAGUGUGACAUUAUACAUGUCAGUGAGAGCAUUGGUGUGAUGGAAGUCAAAGUCCUAAGGACAUCAGGUGCACGGGGUACAGUCAUAGUGCCAUUUAGGACAGUAGAAGGGACAGCGAAAGGAGGUGGAGAGGACUUUGAAGACACUUACGGGGAGUUGGAGUUCAAGAAUGAUGAAACUGUCAAAACAGUUCACAUCAAGGUAAUUGAUGAUGAGGAGUAUGAAAAAACCAAGAAUUUCUUCAUUGAGCUGAUGAGCCCCCGCAUGGUGGAUAUGAGUUUACAGAAAGCCCUACUGCUCACACAAGAGGUAGCUGAGAGGAAGAUGACAGUUGAAGAGGAGGAAGCCAAGAGAAUUGCAGAGAUGGGCAAACCAAUACUCGGCGAGCACCCCAAACUGGAAGUCAUCAUUGAGGAGUCCUAUGAGUUCAAGAGUACCGUGGACAAGCUGAUUAGGAAGACAAACCUGGCUUUGGUUGUAGGGACACAUUCCUGGAGGGACCAGUUCAUGGAGGCCAUUACUGUGAGCGCAGCAGGCGAUGAGGACGAGGAUGAGUCUGGUGAGGAGCGCCUGCCAUCCUGCUUUGACUACGUGAUGCACUUCCUGACAGUCUUCUGGAAGGUGCUGUUUGCCUGUGUGCCCCCCACCGAGUACUGCAAUGGCUGGGCCUGCUUCGUCGUCUCCAUCCUCAUCAUUGGCAUGCUCACAGCCGUCAUCGGCGACCUCGCCUCCCACUUCGGCUGCACCAUUGGCCUCAAGGACUCUGUGACUGCUGUUGUCUUCGUCGCCUUCGGCACUUCUGUACCAGACACCUUCGCCAGCAAAGCCGCAGCCAUCCAGGACAUGUACGCUGAUGCCUCCAUCACCAACGUCACAGGCAGCAACGCUGUCAAUGUCUUCCUGGGCAUCGGGCUGGCGUGGUCAGUGGCAGCGAUCUACUGGGCGUCGCAGGGGCAGGAGUUCCAGGUGUCAGCGGGCACCCUGGCAUUCUCCGUCACCCUCUUCACCAUCUUCGCCUUCAUCUGCAUCAGCGUCCUCCUCUACCGCCGGCGACCCCACCUUGGGGGGGAGCUGGGUGGCCCCCGAGGGUGCAAAGUGGCCACAACAUUGCUCUUCGUCAGCCUCUGGCUGCUUUACAUCCUCUUUGCCACCCUGGAGGCCUAUUGCUACAUCAAGGGGUUUUAGGUGGUGGAGGGACGGUGCUGCCGGGGGAGGGAUCCUCUCCUCCGUUACCUCACCGGACACCAGUCCUGGAAGCACGGUUUCACUGGAGGGUACAGCUGUCUGUCAGGGGCUGCCACUGCCCAGAUGGUCAGACAGCUGCGUGCCAAGAAGGGCAAAACCAUCACAGAGUGAAAAAACAAAGAGACAAAACCCAUCCAAAAAUGGUACAAAAGAAAGCAACAAUGGCAAGUGUUGAAAUAAAACACAAUAAACCCAG